GGUACUGUGUUCUGCAUUUAUCGAUGAAAAGGGUGUUGUAAAAUCGAAUCAAAAGUCGUAAUGAUGAGGGAUCCACAUGUCAUUAUGAUUGUUCGACGAUUUGUUUAUAACAUAGUUUUUGUUUAGGUAGCUUUCUUUGUAUUUUGUUACCUUGUUUGAAGAGAAAGAGGACGACAAAGAAGAAAGAAGAAACGGGUAAAAGGAAAUAAAUAAAUAAAUAAAUCAAUAAAAGUAAAAGAAGAGAAACCUGGCGAUUUUGUAUAGUACAUUGUGUAGCGUCGUGGCUUUCAGCGGCAAUAGUCACUGCCUCUACCAUUGUAGAAUCAGGUUCGUCAAGCUAUGGGGGAUAGAUGGAACCCAUUUGGACUUGGGAUUUCCUAUUUUUUUGUUUUGAUUCUUUGUUCAGGACAUCGAGUAUGUUGGUCGCUUAACGAUGAAGGUGUCAUUUUGCUCAAAUUCCGGGUUAGGAUCAAUUCAGACCCAUCUGGGUUUUUCGAGAAUUGGAAUCCUAAUGAUGACGAUCCUUGCUUUUGGUCAGGAGUUGAUUGUGUAGAUGGCAAAGUGCAUAAACUGAGUAUGAGUAAUCUUGCACUGGAAGGGACUUUGGCACCUGAACUUGCAAAACUUAGUAACCUAACCGCUCUGGUGCUUAGCAAGAAUCACUUUUCUGGAUCAAUCCCUAAGGAAAUUGGGGAGCUCAGGGAAUUAGAGCUGUUUGAUUUGAGGGAUAACAACUUCAAUGGAACAAUUCCUGUUGAAAUAGGCAUGAUACAGUCACUGAAAUAUUUGUUUCUUUCUGACAAUAGAUUUGAAGGUAGCAUUCCUCUAGAUCUUGGUAGGCUCAACAAGCUCACUGAAUUCGAGUUUGAAGACUACCACCAAUUUAAUGACAUUAAUGGAAUUGGCUACAAUAACAGAAAGUUGGGACACUGCAUUUUCAACAGAUAUGCCAACCACAACACUUUGGCUUCUUCUUUGUUGAGUCCAAUCAAAGGAGCUAUGACGUACUAUCUAAAUUUGCUAGAACUGCCAUUGUUCAAUUCUGAAAAGGACUCUUUGCAUACUAGUAAAUCCAUUUUGUCUGAGUCUCAUUCAGUACAAAUUGGUCAGAAGUUUCCCAGUAUUGCACGUCGUAAGCUACUGGAUCAAGCUACUAAUCUCCCAGCUGCACCUGCACUUGGUGUUUCACCUCCUGGACAAAUCAUUGCUCUUCCAUUUUCACGAAGUAGUGGGGCAUUCCCUGCUAUACCAAAAGGAAAGAAGAAACGAUUUCCUACUCCUGCACCACUUUCUUUGUCAGCCACUCCUCCAAUAGACAAUCAUUUAAAUCCUCAAGGACAUCAUUCAAAACAUGCAACUGAAUUCCCCUUGAAUUCAACAAACCAUGAUUUUUCAAAUAAUUAUGAGACCAUAUGGAAGUAUAUAAUUAUUGCUGGAAGUCUCGUUUUCUUAUUUAUUGUUGCGGCAGCAAUGCUCUGUAUGUGGCAAAGCAAAGCAGUGAAGACCAUAGGUCCUUGGAAAACUGGGCUGAGUGGACAACUGCAAAAAGCAUUUAUAACAGGAGUUCCAAAGUUGAACCGUUCAGAGUUAGAAACAGCAUGUGAAGAUUUCAGCAAUAUUCUUCACACUGUUGAUGGUGCCACUAUGUACAAAGGAACAUUGUCUAGUGGGGUUGAGAUUGCUGUUGCAUCAACCACGGUAUCUAGUUUCAAAGAAUGGAAAAAAUCUGCUGAACUAGCUUAUCGAAAAAAGAUUGAUACACUUUCAAGGGUGAACCACAAAAACUUUGUCAAUCUCAUUGGUUACUGUGAAGAGGAUGAACCUUUUGUCAGGAUGAUGGUGUUUGAAUAUGCUCCAAAUGGAUCCCUGUUUGAGCAUCUGCAUGUUAAAGAAGUUGAACAUCUUGACUGGAAUGCCAGGAUGAGGAUUUUAAUGGGGACUGCUUACUGUCUUCAGUAUAUGCACCAUGAUCUUAAUCCUCCAGUAGCACAUCCUAACCUCUCUUCAAAUGUCAUCUUUUUAACGGAUGAUUAUGCAGCUAAGAUUGGAGAGGUGAAUUUUUGGGAAAAUUUUAAGUUAAAGAAUCACAAUGACAAUGAUAAAGAAAACUCAGAAUUGCCACCAUCUGCUGAUCCAGAAACAAAUGUCUAUUGUUUUGGAAUCUUAUUGCUAGAGAUCAUUUCUGGAAAGCUUACCUACUCAGAAGAACAAGGUUCCCUUGUUGAUUGGGCUUCUCAAUACUUAAAUGACAAAAGAAGCAUUAGCUACAUGAUUGAUCCGAACCUAAAUUCGUUCAAGAAUAAUGAGUUGGAUGUUAUUUGUGAGGUCAUCCAGGAUUGCAUCCAACAAGAUUCAAGACGGAGACCAACAAUGAAGGAAGUUACUUCAAAGUUAAGGACAACGAUUUCUAUAUCACCAGACCAAGCUACCCCAAGACUUUCUCCACUUUGGUGGGCUGAACUUGAGAUUUUAUCAGUAGAGGCAACUUAACAUCUCUAUAUGUGUUGUAUGUCAAGUUCCUCUCUAUCUCUUUGUAUCAAAAUGGUAUAGGAAAUAUUUUUACAUGUGCUCCACCUACUUAAAUUGUAUUUAAAUCCUUUUUUUUCAUCGUCAAUGGUCACUUCAUUAUUCAUAUUCUUUCUUUUUUCUUCAUUCUCUAAGGUAAAAAUAAUUACGCAAUACGAUUGUUAUCCUAAUUUUACAAGUGGGGUGUGGUAACUUUGCACAUAACACUGUAUGUACUCAUACCGCAAGUAUAUAUUUGUAUUUUGGUGUUGUUUGGAAUGUAAAAUUAACACUACUGGGAUUCUUUAGA